CGCGAUAAAUAUGAUAGUUUAAUGCACUGAAAACCUCUAUUUACUUCCCAAGUUCUCAGUUCACACGAAUAUAAACUUUUCCAUUGCAUACAUUUCAGUCCUUCCGAUAUUAUGCCUCUUUACAGCGACCGGAUAGUACAAGACCAAGAAGCCAAGUUCAAGCGAGAAGACAGAAGGAAAAGCUAUCCGCCGUACAACAGAGAAAGCAGACCGCACAAAAGUGAAGUGCGGAGGAAUGUUGCCAACAAGAACCGAGACCGCUCCAGCGCGCGUGUUACAAAGCCCAUGAAGCGAAGUGCCAACACUGGCCCUCAGAGCAUCUUCAAACGAGCAGUUACAAGUGCAGCAGAUGCAAAUUCCCUUCGACGGGACAUGUCACGAUACAUAGAGAAUGACACCGGGAUGACAAAAACCGAAUCUCUUCCCAAAUACUUCCAACACGACGCUCGCGCCCCUAUAAGCGUAAAGAGUCCCGUACGAGCGAAAAAGGUGAGGGGGCGUGGAGGUGACAGUUCCACAGCCUCUUCAAUCACUGGCAUUAGCAGCAAUCUGGAAUCACGCAUCACUAAUUUGCAGGGCGUGGACUCGAAUGUCUGGGCUCACGAUAAGUUCGGUUCGAGAAGCACUGGCAAGAAUGGACAAGGGGGCCCAAAGAAAUCAAAUGCUAGCCGAUGGAGUCACGAUCGGUUUGAUGGAGACUAUGAUUCGGCUGAUAAUGACCAGGACCUGCGAAAGAACCUCAGACGCCUAAGGAUGGACGAAUGAUCGGAAUUCUAAAUAUUCAAAGCAUAUAACUUGGAACUGUGGAGGCUAUACCCUUGUGUACGACACAAUUAGUACGGCUGGAUAUGACGAAAUUACGACACGCAAAUAUAAAAACCUUAAUACCAAC